AAAGAAUGAAAAAGAAAAUGAUUCAUAAACUACCACCCUUACCUUUACCUCUUUAGUUCAUACCCAAUAAAGAGAAAAAAAAGAGCACAUUUUUCAUCUACACCUAAUUUAUUAACUUUAGUUUACGUGGGAUCUAAGGCAAGUACCUUACAAAAUAUGAAGUUCUUCAAUUUCUCGGAGCUGGGUUCUUGCUGCCGGGCAGCGCCACCGCCGGAGGAGACUACUAACGUCCACGUGGCUACCAACAGUGGCCGCCACGUGUCUUCUUCCAAGCGCAGAAGGUGUAAUUCGGCGACGCAUUGGCGGCCGGGCCUCCAUGCCAUCUCGGAAGAUCAUUCUACUAAUCAGCAGAAGAUUCAGAACAAAUCUUCCAGCAAAGAUGGGCCUAAAUCUGGGCCUAGGCCCAUUCAUAAGGCUCGUGGGAGUGACACUUCUUCUCGUAAUGACUCAAGGACAAACUCUGCACCGGUGAUCGUUCCAGCUUUCUCACCUACACCAUUCGUCUUCUGAGUUUAAUUUGUGGCUUUUUGUUUUAUGUAAUUGAAUUUAUGUUGUAAUAUAUGUAUCAUAUAUAGGAAUGAAUAUAAAUAAAUUUAGAGAUGCCCA